AUGCGUAAAGGAGAGAAAUAUGUCAUCGGAAGGGGAGAGUCCUCAGGGGACAAGCUCGAGCGAGGAAGAGCAGGAGAGGCCAGUCGAGGUUCAUCCGCACCGCCGAUCUCGCAAGAGGAAGCCGACGGCGACGUUGGAGCCGUGCUCCAAAAAGCCCAUGAUGACACGGAAGCAGCGACUAUUGGGUUGGGAAGAAGAGGAGGAGGAUCAUCAGAGAUUAUUAUGCUCCUCGUCUCCGCUGUCCACAGCCUCCUCGUCGUCGUCCAAGAGCCCAUUCCGUCCGUGGGACCACGAACCGAAAGCGUCGAGGAAAAGCCCGCCACCGUUGCCCCUCUACCCGUUAUGGCCCGGUUCCUUGGUCCAGGACGAAGAUUGCUCUCCGUCCUCGAAGCCCAAGCAACAACGGAGCUACAAGAGCAUGACUCGAGAGCGGCGAAUGGAAGCGAACGCUCGCGAGCGGACACGUGUUCACACCAUCAGUGCCGCGUUCGAGAGUCUUCGCGGUGUGAUCCCCACGUAUUCCAACAAUAAUAAGUUGUCCAAGCUGAGCAUCCUCCGUAUCGCUUGCUCCUACAUCCUCGCUCUGUCCAGGUUGGCCGGUUUGGACUAUAGUAAAGACGCAUCCCGACCCUCGUUCGCCGAUUGUGUGGAUGCUGUCGCCAAAACUAUCCAGACGGAAGGGAAACUGAAGUAGAUCCUGCUCCUGCAUCAGCGUGCAUUUCUCUCAUCUGUGAUACCUGCUUUUCUUCGUGGAGAAGGGACUUGAUUCUCUUUCACUUUUGUGCAAGUACAAACAUGAAGAGCGUCUCGUGUGGGACUCGCGCGUCAGCCCGCGACAAGAUUUAUUCAGAGCUUUCUUUUCCACCAUAUUUGGUUUUCUAUUAUUGUUGGGGAGAAUGGGUACGUUGAGAAUAAAACAAAAUCCCGAUGUCGAAAAUAAGUUCCGAGAUUGCAGUGAUCGCCCA